GCUCUGGUCCUGCAGGAUAUACUGCAGCCAUAUACGCCUCACGUGCCGGACUUAAACCAGUUAUGUACCAAGGCUUACAACCAGGUGGUCAACUUACGAUUACUACCGAAGUAGAAAAUUAUCCUGGCUACCCCGAGGGCGUAAUGGGACCUCAAAUGAUGAAAGAUUUUGAAGCUCAAGCGCAACGUAUGGGUGCAGAUAUUCGUUGGGGAAUGGCUAGUAAAGUUGAUUUCAGCACACGCCCAUUCAAAGUAGAGAUUGAUGAAGAAAAGUGGGUUGAAGCAGAUUCAGUGAUUAUCGCUACAGGCGCAUCGGCUAAGUGGUUGGGCCUCGAGAGCGAACAACGCCUCAACGGUUACGGAGUAUCUGCAUGCGCUGUCUGCGAUGGUACUACAAUGAAAUUGCGCAUUGGAAUGAUUGAACAUCUAGUUUACACAACACCUCCAGGUUCAAAUGGCGAGAAAGAUUUCCACAAUGUUGUUCGCGAAAUGUAUCCAGAUGCUGCAGGUACAACAAUACCAAAUGCAUGGACUGUAGUGGAUCAAGAUGCUGCUGAUAACGUAUCAACAUCAACUGUAACUGUAGUUUCUACUGCACCAAAAGCUAUUCCUUAUAGCAAUGACUUCGAAGCAGCUGCGUUCCCAGCAGGAUAUUAUGCCUAUGAUUCAGAUGGUUCGGGUAGCACAUGGGUGAAUGGUUCUGGUGGAACAGACGAAUUGGAACCUUAUAAAAUCCCAACUAAAGACAAACAUACUGGCAACAACUAUUACCUUGGAAUGACCUGCAAAGUAAAUGGCAUA